UCUUCCUCUCCUUCAUCUCUCUCUGCCCACAUGAAAUCACGUCUCCGAUUUCUAAAACCCGACGCCGAUCCGACGCCGACUUAUAUUUCCAGCUCAACAAACCACACCGCUAUGAUUUGAGUUUCCAAUCGGAUCUUGCGUCCACUCCGCAAUCGCAAUCUGAUUCCGAUCAAUCUUCCGAUUUGUCGUGGUUAGAUAGGAUGUUGAAACAGUGAAUCGAAUCAGUGAGAUUGAGGAAUGGCGUGGUUCAGUGGGAAAGUAUCGUUGGGGAACUUCCCGGAUCUCGCCGGCGCAGUGAAUAAGCUCCAGGAGAGCGUCAAGAACAUCGAGAAGAAUUUCGACACCGCCUUAGGGUUUGAAGACAAGGACAAGCCUGACUCCGGCAAUGAAGGUUCAGGAUUAUGGCCUUCAUCUGCCGACACGAUUAUGUCCUUUAUGGGGCAAAAGAGUGAGGAUGACACUGUUGAAUCAUCAUCACAGGGAGCCGAGUCUUCCAAGUCUGUAGCUAAGGUUGUGGAUUCAUCGUUGGAGCACGAGUCUUCAUCUAUGGUUGAAGUAUCGUCGGUAGAGGCUGAAUAUCCACCUAAGGUUGAGAAAUCAUCAGGGGAGCCUAAAUCUCCACCUGAGGUUGAUGAAUCGACAGUGGAGCCUGAGUCUUCUUUUAAGGUUGAGAAGUCAUCGGUGGAGCCUAAAUCCCCACCGAAGGCGGAGAGUUCAUCAGGGGAACCUAAAUCUCCACAAAAUCCAUCUGGGGUUGAUGAAAAAGAUGGGGCGACUGAGACAUUUUCUGCAACUGAACGAACUGCUAAAGAGGACAAUGAAGUUUCUGAGGAAGAAAAAAAUGAAAAAAAUGCUGAGACAGCAGAGGAAACAAAGACUUCGGAAGUAGAGCCUGAGAAAUCAGAGUCUCAAUUGCCCUCGGUGCCAGUUGAGGCACCUGAGCCCACCAUGAAUGCCACAUCAUCGGGUUUUGUUGGUUCUCAAGAAGACAAUAAGAUUUCAGUUGGGGGACCCUCAGAAUUUUCAGAAUCAGCUCACGAAAUGUUAGGAGCUGUUAAUGUAGGUGAAGUUGAGGGUAGUACUGCUAUGCGCAGUGAGCCACAUGAGCAAGCUGAUGUGCAUGAGAAUGAAGAUGCCCAAAAGGCAGACAAAGAGAAUGAUAAUGAAACUGUGAUUCAGGCUGGAGACAUUACUGAAACGGUUUCUACAGCCAAACAUGAGGAAUCAACUGAGAGCCUGCCUCGAGAUGUUACUGAGCCAUCUGCUAUUGACUCCGUUACCACUGAGGUGAGUCAUAGCUCUAGUGGAUCUCCUACCAACCAGUUACCUAGUGUAUAUACUUCCAAUGAGGUUUCAGAUGUCUCUUCGGAGUUGGUUAUCAUUGAGGAACCAGAAACUGGAAAUCGAGUUGAUGAGGAUGAAACCAACUAUGAUGAGCAACGUCUGAGCUCAGGACAAAAGUCAGACUCUUCAGACACAGGAGCACAUGUGCCUGACGCUUCCAACACUUUUCUUGAACUUGAGAAGCUGAAGAAGGAGAUGAAAAUGAUGGAAGCUGCAUUGCAAGGUGCUGCAAGACAGGCUCAGGCAAAAGCUGAUGAGAUCGCUAAGUUCAUGAAUGAAAAUGAGCACUUAAAACUUAUGGUUGAAGAUUUAAAGAGAAAAUCCACUGAAGCAGAAGUUGAGUCUCUGCGGGAGGAAUACCAUCAGAGGGUUGCAACGCUUGAAAGGAAGGUUUAUGCUCUUACAAAAGAAAGGGACACUCUUCGAAGAGAGCAGAAUAAGAAAAGUGAUGCAGCUGCACUUCUGAAGGAAAAGGAUGAAAUAAUUAAUCAAGUUAUGGCUGAAGGUGAAGAACUUUCGAAGAAACAGGCCACUCAAGAAGGUCUCAUUAGAAAACUAAGGGCUCAGAUUAGAGAGUUCGAAGAAGAGAAGAAAGGGUUGAAUACCAAGCUUCAGGUAGAAGAGAAUAAAGUAGAGAGUAUCAAGAGGGACAAGACAGCUACAGAAAAGUUGCUGCAGGAAACUAUAGAAAAGCACCAAACCGAACUUGCAGCACAGAAAGAGUAUUAUACUAAUGCUUUGGCUGCUGCCAAGGAGGCAGAAGCAAUGGCCGAGGCACGUGCUAACGAUGAAGUGAGAUCUGAACUAGAGAGUCGUCUAAGAGAGACUGAGGAGCGUGAGGCUAUGCUAGUUCAGGCCCUUGAAGAAUUACGACAAACGCUCACUAGAACAGAGCAGCAGGCAGUAUUUAGAGAAGACAUGCUUCGCCGGGACGUUGAGGAUCUUCAGAAACGUUAUCAAGCAAGUGAGCGGCGAUGUGAGGAGUUGAUCACACAAGUACCAGAAUCUACCAGGCCUCUUCUUAGGCAAAUUGAAGCAAUGCAGGAAACAACUUCAAGAAGGGCAGAAGCUUGGGCAGCUGUUGAGAGGUCUCUUAACAAUCGACUACAGGAAGCAGAGGCAAAAGCUGCGUCUGCUGAGGAAAGAGAGAGAUCUGUGAAUGAACGCUUAUCUCAAACCUUAUCUCGGAUUAAUGUUCUUGAGGCUCAGAUUUCAUGUCUUCGAGCCGAGCAAUCACAGUUAAGUAAGUCUCUUGAAAAGGAGAGACAAAGAGCAGCUGAAAAUAGGCAGGAGUACCUUGCUGCAAAGGAAGAAGCUGACACUCAAGAAGGCCGUGCAAACCAGCUUGAAGAAGAAAUUCGUGAGCUCAGGCGAAAACAUAAGCAGGAGUUACAAGAUGCAUUGAUGCACAGGGAACUGCUGCAGCAGGAGGUAGAAAGGGAGAAAGCUGCCAGGUUGGAAUUGGAAAAGACAUCUCGUCUCCGUAUUUCCACUGUAUCUGAUCAGACAACCCUAACAAGGCAAAGCUCUGCUUUUGAGAAUGGAAGCUUGAACCGUAAACUUUCAAAUGCUAGCAGCCUGGGGAGCAUGGAGGAAAGCUAUUUUCUACAAGCAUCUCUGGACUCGUCUGAUAGUUUCUCCGAGAGGAGAAAUGCCAGUGAAGCAACCAUGACUCCGUACUAUAUGAAGAGCAUGACACCUAGCGCAUUUGAAGCUUCCCUUCGUCAGAAGGAGGGUGAACUUGCAUCCUACAUGUCUCGUCUGGCAUCCAUGGAAUCUAUCCGUGAUUCUCUAGCUGAGGAACUGGUCCAGAUGACAGAACAGUGUGAAAAGUUACGAGCAGAGGCUGGCAUGUUACCUGGCAUAAGGGCAGAGUUAGACGCACUAAGGAGGAGACAUUCUGCCGCAUUGGAGCUGAUGGGUGAACGAGAUGAGGAGCUCGAGGAACUUCGUGCGGAUAUUGUAGACUUGAAAGAGAUGUACAGAGAGCAAGUAAACUUGCUUGUGAACAAGAUACAGAUAAUGAGUUCAGCAGUUGGAGCCUAACCUCAUAUUAUCAUAUAUUUGUCUAGCAAUUCAUGAUCAUGGUAUAUAUAAAGCUAUUGUGUACUGGUAAAAUGCCAUUGUUUUAUUCAAGCAUCAUUCUGGGUUUGCUCUUGUUUUAUUUGCUGAAGUGUUUGUAAAAGGGUUGGAUGCCCUCCUUUAAGUUUUGCAAUUUUGAUGAUGUGCAUGUUAAAGUUAAAAACAUGCAUGUAAUUCAGGGGAAUUGUUGUAUAGCAUGAUCUUUGGCUGACA